ACACAUAUCCAUGGAAAACGCCAACAUGGUUCAUGCCUGUCACUCGUGUCAAAAGGAAUUGUCUUCCUGUCGCAGCCUACGCGAUCAUCUUAUAAAAGUCCACAAGCUCAACUUUGAAAUCGAACAAAUUUAUCAAAAGCGUGGCAAGAACUUUGUUUCUCGCACACAUACGUUCUUUUUCGAUAUUGAACUAACACUACUUCUAGCCAGAACUUGAGUAUACUCGCCGCUUUGAGUGUUCCAGUUGUCGGGAACUAUUUGGUUGUAUCGAAGAACUGGGAGAACACUUUUGCAAACAUAUCCAACCAAAAAAUCCCAAGAAAAGACCGGUUAAAGAAGGCACAAGUAGCAACAGCAGUAGCAGCAACAGCAGCAAAAAAAAGGUUUCUUUGAACAAGGGCAAAAAGUUGCACACGUUUGACUGCCAGUUAAUUUCAAAAAUAAAUAUACAAAACGGCCCAAAAUUCACAUUGGAGGAUAUGAAAAGACUAUCACCAAUGUACUCGUUUCGAUUCCAAGGCGCACGUUAUCCCGCGAGCGGUGAUGUUGAUGUAGUCGGCUACUGCCGUUCCACCCAUGCAGCCAUUCCAACGCCGCCCAUGAUGUCUCUGGAUGCAGCAGUUAUCAAGCCGGACAAUCACAAAGCCAAAAA